GUUUUGUUGUUGCGGUUUCAAUUUAUUCAGUAAACUCAACGAUAACUUGCGUGUAUCUGGCUACCAUUUUCAUUGCCAAAAGUUUGCUUCUUAUACAUGAAAAGUUUAGUAUAAGGCUUUAUAGCAAUUGCUUAUCAGAUUGUCUAAGGGGUGGUUAUUUGGUCCGGGCUAUUUGGUUUUACCCAAAAUCGGACCGUAUAACUCGGACCGAGACCGAAUAGCAAACAAUUCAAUCUCAUUUUCGGGCCUAGGUUUUAGACCGGACCGAAAACCGGAUAAGAGAGCUCAACACCCAAACUUUAACCUCCUCACCCUUUCAGGCCUCAGGACAAUCAAAUCCCUCAAGCUCAAUCUAAAAUCAAGACCGAAUUGGGACCGUACCGGUUCAACACCGGACUGGAUCAAGACCGGAUUGUAUCCAAUCCAAUCUUUUAGUCAUUAUAUUUCUCGAAAAGAAUGGACCGAGACCGGAUCGAUUGGGGCCAAUUUAAUCGGACCAAACCGUAUACUCACCCGCCUAACUCAUCAAAGCCACAAUUAUAUCAAUAUAGGGUCAUUGAUAGUUUUGAUGCUAAUCUACCAUUACCUUGAUGGCUACGUACGUGCCACUUAUGAAACUUUUGGAGCCCUAGAGAAAGCAAGUUAACUUGUACCGGAAAUCAACUUUUUUUGGGGAACCCGUUAUUGGAACAAGUCAUCGAUCAGUAAUCGGGAAAGCAAAUCGUGUAGAAAGCAAAUUGAAGAUGCAGACGGGUUUAGCUUGUAUCAGCAUACUGGCGACGGGAGUACUGUAUGUGACUUUGGAGUUUGGAGAUCGAAGUGGGAAAUCUCUGUUGUUUUCAUUGUUGUUUUUAAAAUGAAGGUGAUAGUGAGAGGAGUCCAUAAUGCUUGCUUGCUAGCUCUCUUCCUUUGCUUUAUAGUAGUGGGCAACAAUGCGCCUUGAUUGCGACUUGAAAUUGGUAGUCAUGACUCUGCCUAUAAAUAUGAUAAACAUCCAUAUGAAAGCCGCCUCACAUAUGACUCAUGAGUACUGGUUAUUUUGCAGGUUUAGUUUCCGUCUCAAGUUCUCUCUUUAUUAGCGUAAGUAGAUGGCACAGAAGGUGGUAUUGAAGAUUAUGAGCAUGAAUGAUGAGAAGACCAAGCAGAAAGCCAUAGAGGCUGUUGCUGACAUUUUUGGAGUUGAUUCAAUAGAAGCAGACACAAGAGAGCAGAAGCUGACAGUGAUUGGAGAGAUGGACAGUUUUGCAGUUGCCAAGAAACUCACCAAGAAAUUAGGCAAAGUUGACAUCCUCACCGUUGGCCCAGCCAAGGAAGAGAAGAAGGAUGGCAAGCUUAAGAAAGAGGACAGGAAAUAAGACACCCUACCACUUACUUAUUCAUUUUCAUUUUUUUUUUUUUGUAAUAAUAGUUGUUGGUUUGAAGUUUAUGUGUAUAACAAUUUUUGUUUUAUACUCAGUUUGUUGUAUAUAAGCAUAUCAUGAUUUGAAAAAUGAAGGGUUUUUUUUUCAAAUUUCGUGAUUUAAAAAAUGAAGAAUUGGUGAUGAAUUUGGUUCAUUUGUGACUUUAAAAAAUGUGGUUCAUCGAGAAUGUGGUUCAUUAUCUCAAAUCUCACCAAAUUAUAUGAGAUUUCCAAAUGCGUGAUGUCUUAGAAAACGGUAAAAAAAGUUCAAAAUAUGU